ACAUCGAUCAGUCGCGGGCUGCAUACGUGCCUUGGCUCUGCUGCAGCACUGACUGGGGGAGGAAGGAUGUCGGCUCUAAUGUUAGCGCUUGUCUUCAUCUCAGUGUUUCAGAUAGCGGCAUGCUUCAACAUCGAGUCUACUUCUUGGAGACACAUCCACCAAUCAGCAGAGGGCUUUGGCUACAGACUGAUCCAGGACACCGCAUCACGUCUGUUAGUGAGUGCCCCUCUAGAGCAGCAUGGUGUGGAUAGGAGAGGACGGGUUUACCAAUGCCAGGUCUCAUCCAGCUCCUGCUCACCACUACAAAUAAGUGUUCCUUCGCAUGGAUUGAACAUGUCUCUUGGCCUUUCCAUGAGCAAGACAGAGUUAUCUACAAAGACAAUAGUUUGUGGUCCAACCAUCCCAAAAGAGUGUGAUAACAUCAAUCUCUAUGGUGGGAUGUGUUUCAGCAUUGGACCGUCUCUUCAACAAGGAGGACCUGUGCCAGCAUCUCUUCAAGACUGCAAGGCUAUAGAUAUUGCAUUCUUGCUGGAUGGGUCUGGGAGUGUUAAUUGGAUGCAGUUCAACACCAUGAAGACAUUUGUGAAAGGCCUAACCACAAGACUUCUGCAUCAAAACACGAGGUUUGCCUUGGCACAGUACUCCAGUGGAUGCACCAUCCACCUGAAAUUCAAUAUGUUUGAGAGAGCAACAUGGAAACUUCAGGUGGACAGUAUCAUACAGCAACAAGGAGGCACUUAUACAGCUGGUGCCAUCAAGACAGUUGUGAAUUCUGUAUUUGAUGCGUCUGCUGGAGCGAGACCUGAUGCUACAAGGAUCCUCAUUGUCAUCACAGAUGGGGAGUCACAUGAUGCCCAAUAUUAUCCCACUGUUACAAGAUUGGCUGACGCUAAAAAUAUUUUUAGAUACGCUAUUGGGGUUGGCGACGCCUUUAGCAGUCACUCAGCACAAAAUGAGCUUAGGAGCAUCGCAUCCUCUCCCACAUCAGAGCACAUGUUUAAAGUGGACAGCUUUGAGGCUCUGGACAAAAUCAGCAGCACACUGGAGGAGAGCAUCAUUGCCAUAGAAGGAACCCAAACCACAGGUGAUGCCACAACAAUGGAAUUUGCCCAGAAUGGAUUCAGCGCAGCUCUUGUGUCGGAUGAACGGUUUCUAGUGGGUGUGGUCGGGGCAAAUGAAUGGAGAGGAGGUUAUCAGGACAUCCAUCUGUCCAGCGGGGAGCCCAGCUUUACCAGGGUGGAUCAGAUCACGGCUAACAGCUAUCUGGGCUACUCCAUGGCUAUAGCCCGCUCAAGAGUAAAGGACUACAUAGUUAUGGGGGCCCCCAGGUAUGAACACAAGGGGCUACUCAUGGUCUUCUCUCCUGGAAACACGCAACCAAAGAUGUUCACACAGUCUCAGAUCGGGGCCUACUUUGGAGCAGAGGUGUGUGUGGUGGAUUUGGACGGAGACUCCAACACUGAUCUGAUUCUGGCAUCUGCCCCCAUGCACACAGAGGGAGAGAGAGAGGGGAAAGUGUUUGUGUACAGCAUAUCAUCUCAGCGCUACUACGGCUUCCAAGCCAGUGUGCUGGACACUGGCGUGUCCCUGCUGGGGCUGGAGGGUCAGAGGGGGAGGUUUGGCUCGUCUCUGGCCAGCCUGGCUGACCUGAACGGGGACGGGAUCAGGGACGUGGCCGUGGGAGCUCCUCUGGAGGAUAACGGACAGGGCAGCGUGUACAUCUUCAACGGGAGGAAAAGAGGAAUCAACCCCACCUACUCACAGAGGAUUGUGGGUUCGUCGGUGCGGUCCGGUCUGCAGUUCUUUGGGCUGACCGUGGCCCAGUCUGCUUUGGACCAGAGUGGAGACGGACUGCCUGACAUCGCAGUCGGGUCCAAAGGAGCGGUUCUGCUGCUGAGGUCGAGGCCUGUUGUUACUAUAACCACAAGUGUUACAUUUGAACCAUCCAAAAUCCCCAAAUCCAUCUACGACUGUACGAGUCCUCAGCAGAAUAACGCCAGUGUAUGCUUCAGCAUGACUAAGGUCACUCAAGAUAGCUUGAAAGGACUGCAGGCAAAACUCAACUACACACUGAGCCUAGAUUUUGUCCGUCAAAAUUCCCGAGCCUUCUUUACAGCUGGAGGGAAAGACAGGAGUGAGAACAAAGAAGUCACAGUGUCUUUAAGAAAAAAUUGUUUCAAACACUCUUUCUUUGUACUGUGCUCCCCAGAGGAUGUUGUGAAUCCUGUGGACGUCCAGGUGGCCUUCUCCUUCCAGGGGCUUCCUAUCCCGUCUGCAGACCAGCUGACCCCAACGCUGUCCAUCAGCUCCCCCAACACCACAGACCACCAGUUAAACUUUGAAAUUGACUGUGGAGAGGACAAAAAGUGUAUAGAUCAAAUCCAUAUCAACUUUGAAUUCUCUGGAUCCAUCAUCGAGGUAGGCAUCACACAGGAGAUGAGUGUGAGAGUCACGGUGGAGAAUAGAGGAGAGAACUCCUACGACCCCCGUGUGUUUCUUUUCUACCCUCCUGGCCUCUCCUACAGGACCUUCACCAAGAGCCAGGGCAGGGUGGAGUGCACUUCUCUAGACAGCACAGAUGGAGUCACCUUGGGACAGACUGACUGCAGCAUCAACAGACCCAUCUUGCGGGCUGGAGAGAAGGCUGAUUUUGUUGUUCAGUAUGGAAUUGGUGAAAGCAGCCGUUUUGGUGACAGGAUCACCAUGCAGGCCCAGGCUUCAAGUGACAGUGAACAUGAUCCCAGUAGCCAGCUGUACAAACGUCUGGACAUUGGGGUCAAAUACAGCAUUUAUGUAAUUCUGAAGAGUUUUGAAGGAACCACCAAUUACAUUAAUUUCACUGCAGGAGAUAAUCACUUGCAAAAACCAGUGAUACAAGAAUUAGAGGUGACUAAUAAAAUCAGAGGACUCAAUCUGACUGUUGUUAUUCAUGUUCCAAUAAGACUCCAAGACAAAGAUAUCUGGACCAAUGUGGGCAGUUUGCAAAUCCAGGGAUGCUCUAAAGGGCUUGAGAGGAGUCCAAACAUCAAAGACCUGAAACAUUUCUUCAAGGACAACAAGGAGCCUGAUGUGAACUGCUCCAUUGCCGUGUGUCUGGAGUUCAGGUGUAACUCCUACAUGAUGAGAGACGACCAAAACCACUACAGAAUCUCAGGGAACGUGAGCUCGGAGUGGAUUGAGCAGACUGGACUGCGUUCUGCUCUGUUUCACUUGGUCAGCUCGGCCACACUGGAGUAUGAUGACGGCAAGUACAUCUUCUUCUCCACAGACUCUUCUCACCAGGCACCAGUCUCCAAGAUUGAGACUCUAGUGGAGGUCUAUGAUGAGCCAGACCUAACUAAGGAGAUCAUUGGUGGAGUGGUGGGAGGCCUUAUCCUAUUGGCUCUCAUGACUGCUGGCCUCGCCAAGUCGGGCUUCUUCAAGAGUCAGUAUCAGCAGAAACUAGAGGAAGCCCAAGGAGAGGAGGCACCAGCAGGAGAAUAACAGCUCCUUCUCUCUCUGUGUGUACGAGUUUGACAGCGUAAGUUGCUGACAGUACAUGCUCAUUGUGGCCAGACGUCAGACGCAUAAAGUGGGCAGAGUCAGGCUGAAACUAAUUAAUAAAAGAUCGCUGGAUCAGAAUUGAGCACUGGUUGCAUGAGAUUGGUUUAUCCAAUGUCACUUCACCAGAGAGGCCUUGCCCAUUUCAGAGUCUCUGUCUUGUCACAGAUUCCUGUGACCUACUGUAUAUCGCCGCUGAACUCAGGCCCUGUGGCAUGCGUAUAUGUUUGUGAAACACUGUUUAAAAAUGUUUGUGCAAAAUAUGUACAGUAUGUAUGGAAGAAAAAAAUCAUGCUUAAUCGACUUUUUGUAAGAGGCGCUCAUGAAUAAUUAGUGAACGCUUCAGUGACACACCUGCGGGGUAUACUACGAAUCUCGUUGAACAUAACCAGGUUUUCUUUGGAUAACCUGGAUUGCUAAAUACGAAAGUCGCAAUCAGAGUUGAGUGGUACUACGAAACUCACUCAAGGAUGAAUUUAUCAAACUAGGCUUUCAGCUCAGAUCUGUGCGCGUUCUCGUGGUUGGGGUGACUUAGACCAAUCGGAAACGUGGAGACGCACAAGACAGCCUAGGUUAACCAACGAUUACUUCCACAUUUAUGAGCGGCAGAGAAAUCUAGGGUGGUUUUUUUUAGUGUAACCCAUAACAUCAAAAAAUCGAUGGUCAUCAAAUAUUGCAUGGUAUGCACGUCCAUAGUAGUGACAUAUUUGCACGCGCAACAUAGUUAAAAGCGCCUUCGAGAUUCAAAAUGUUUGCAGAGGCGGGGCUGAACCUGUUCGAAGUAUGACAGUUUAGCACACGUGAGAUAACUUCGUUUUUCAAGAUAAUGGAUUGGUUAGAAUUGGUCAGAGGGCGGUAGUUUUUCACGAUUUGAGCUAUAACUUAGCACAUAACCUGCUCCCGACCAGGUUUGGUUGCGAGCAUAAGAUACCAUGGUGAUACAGUACAGCGACGCUAAAACAAAUCCACUUUCGUAUGACAGCAUACCCUGGCUUUGAGCGCAACAUACCUUGCUAACCCACUAAUCGAGAUUCGUAGUAUACCCCACUCGUGUAGCUUUCCUGUAAAGGAUUUUUGCAUACAUUUCCCAUGUUCCUACAACCCACCAACACCUGGUAAUCUGACGUAGCAGUGUACAGGUACUCUUUUCAUUAAAAUAUACAAAUGCUUUUGUGCUUCUGAAGGGUGUACCACCGACAGUGAAAAGGAUGAGCAUGAAAUACAUAAUAAUAACUAAAUAAGUGUUUGUGUGGCAGGCAGCACAAUGUGUGAAUUUGUAACUACUGCUAUUUUGGAUGGUGAACUUAUUGGGGCAAUAGCUCUGUCACUAGUUUGGAGUUUAACACGGUUUUAAACUCUGUGGUGACGCAAGAAGUCACGUGACGACUUAAGCUCCAUUGCUGUGUCAUAUGCACCUAUGGUUUAACCUGCUGCUGCGUUUUACCUUGAUCUCAAUUGCUGUGUCUUCAAGGAAAUUCAAAUCACCCACUGGAGGGCGCAUUUAGUGCGUGUUAGUCUAAUCUCGAAAGGGACAUGGUUUUACGGUAGACUAAACCAUAGUUUGCAGGGUAGAUAGGUGACAGCUUACUCUUCAUAAACCAACACACCCACACACUGUUGGCUAGUUUGGACUUAUUAGAACAUGUUUAGGCAUACAAAAUACGUAGUCUUAUCGUUUCGUAAAGGCUGGAAUGCGCACGGAGCCAUGGAAAACGAGUGGAAUGCGGGUGUAGUGCCCUUGAUUUUCCAGCUCUCUGCUUCUAAGCUCUAUUGAUCGUGCCUAGACUGCCCCGCCAGCCAAAUUACAUUUGCUGCUGCUAGGGGCGUCUAGAUUUCUAACGUUUUCUGGCAAUUAUAGCGCAUUUAGCCACAAGAGUCAUAUAAAGUAUCCCGUCAAGAUCCUGAAAUGCGGUAAGACUGUUAAAUUAUGACUGCAUCUGCUGGGGUAAAACUCGAAACAGCGUACUUUCCGGCUUCCAGGCAGUUUAACCCCAGUUUAGCUAGGAACCAGCUGAUCCUGUCUCAUUUGUUACACAGCAAUCACGUUCAACUUCGUACGCAGCUCCGUGUUAAACUCCAAAACCUCCGUUUUAAGGACGGUUUUAAAGUGUAGCACAGCUAGCGCAAUGCUAACUGACAGAGCAAUUGGCCCCUUCAGUACAUGAUUGUAGACCUAAAUGUGUUUACAUUGAGGCCCAUGUACUUCCAUGUAUGUGUCUUCUGGAUGCACAGUACUCUCAUGUAUGUCAAUGGUUUUGUGAUUUCUCUUGUAUACACCUUUUGCAAAAAUAAUUUACUUUUGUAAUUUUAGAGUGCUAUAAUCUCAUUAAAUGCCAGAAACUGCUAUCUA